GCGAGAGGAGAGCGAGGUGUAGAGAAACCGAGGGGGAGAGAACCCGAGUGUGUGUAUGCGUGUGCGUGUGUGAGCGCGAGCGAGCGAGCGAGGGAGAGGAGCAAGAGGGUGCGAGCGAGAAAGAAUAAAAGGAAAGAAGAUUUUCUCUAUGUAUAUAAAGAUGGCCACGUUAGCAAACGGACAGGCUGACAACGCGAGCCUCAGUACCAACGGGCUCGGCAGCAGCCCGGGCAGCGCCGGGCACAUGAACGGAUUAAGCCACAGCCCGGGGAACCCGUCGACCAUUCCCAUGAAGGACCACGAUGCCAUCAAGCUGUUCAUUGGGCAGAUCCCCCGCAACCUGGAUGAGAAGGACCUCAAGCCCCUCUUCGAGGAGUUCGGCAAGAUCUACGAGCUUACGGUUCUGAAGGACAGGUUCACAGGCAUGCACAAAGGCUGCGCUUUCCUCACCUACUGCGAGCGUGAGUCAGCGCUGAAGGCCCAGAGCGCGCUGCACGAGCAGAAGACUCUGCCCGGGAUGAACCGGCCGAUCCAGGUGAAGCCAGCGGACAGCGAGAGCCGAGGAGGUAGUAGCUGCCUGCGCCAGCCCCCUUCACAAGAUAGAAAACUCUUCGUGGGCAUGCUCAACAAGCAGCAGUCCGAGGACGACGUGCGCCGCCUUUUUGAGGCCUUUGGGAACAUCGAGGAGUGCACCAUCCUCCGUGGGCCCGACGGCAACAGCAAGGGAUGCGCCUUUGUGAAGUACUCCUCUCACGCCGAGGCACAAGCUGCCAUCAACGCUUUGCACGGCAGCCAGACCAUGCCGGGAGCUUCAUCCAGUCUGGUGGUCAAGUUCGCCGACACAGACAAGGAGCGCACGAUGCGGCGAAUGCAGCAGAUGGCCGGCCAGAUGGGCAUGUUCAACCCCAUGGCCAUCCCCUUCGGGGCCUAUGGCGCCUAUGCACAGGCACUGAUGCAGCAACAAGCGGCACUAAUGGCAUCAGUCGCGCAGGGCGGCUACCUGAACCCCAUGGCUGCCUUCGCCGCCGCCCAGAUGCAGCAGAUGGCAGCCCUCAACAUGAACGGCCUGGCGGCCGCACCCAUGACCCCAACCUCAGGUGGCAGCACCCCUCCGGGCAUCACUGCACCAGCCGUGCCUAGCAUCCCGUCCCCCAUUGGGGUGAACGGCUUCACCGGCCUCCCCCCACAGGCCAAUGGGCAGCCUGCUGCGGAAGCUGUGUUUGCCAAUGGCAUCCACCCCUACCCAGCGCAGAGCCCCACCGCCGCGGACCCCCUGCAGCAGGCCUACGCGGGAGUGCAGCAGUAUGCAGCAGCUGCCUACCCUGCUGCCUAUGGUCAGAUAAGCCAGGCCUUUCCUCAGCCACCUCCAAUGAUCCCCCAGCAACAGAGAGAAGGGCCCGAGGGCUGUAACCUGUUCAUCUACCAUCUGCCCCAGGAGUUUGGGGACGCUGAGCUGAUGCAGAUGUUCCUCCCUUUCGGUAAUGUCAUCUCCUCGAAAGUGUUUGUGGAUCGGGCGACUAACCAAAGUAAAUGCUUUGGCUUCGUGAGCUUCGACAACCCGGCCAGCGCGCAGACCGCCAUCCAGGCCAUGAACGGCUUCCAGAUCGGCAUGAAGAGGCUCAAGGUGCAGCUGAAGCGGCCCAAAGACGCCAAUCGCCCGUACUGAGCGCCGGCGGGAGCGUCCCCCGGGGGAGACCAGGACUCGCACAGGGCAGGAUGCUGAACGGGCUACAUUAAAAAACAAACCUCUCUCUAUAUAUAUUUAUAAAUGAGAACUGUUGGAUGACACCUUUGACAUAUCAGCCAAUAUCAAUCAAGCUGAAGACUCCAGACACUCUCUGUGACUGUAACAUUUCUUCAAGGGAAGUAUAGCGUCUAUGGAGUUCAGAGGGCACGUGUUUGGGGGAAAAUAUAUUGACAUAAAGAAGAAGAUGAUGAAGACAAAUGAGAAAAAAUAACACAAAAAAAGGCAACUUUAAAACAAAAUAACUUGAGACCAGAUGGGGAGGCUGAGGGGCUGGGAGCUGGGAAGAGACGCUGCUUACCGAUCCCCGGGGCUUUUCCAGCCCGUGGGCGCCUGAGGCAGGCUGGGGCAAGCGGUGUGGUGGGGCCUGGUCCCCAGGGGGCGGCUGGGAGGCCGCGCAGAGCAUCUCUAUCUGUCAUUCCUUUAGCUAUUUAGGGACCAAAGGACCAAACUUUUUAUUGCAGAUGUGUAGCUCUAUGUCAAAUAGAGGGGGAACGGAGGAGAACCUCCUUCCUGCCUCAUGGCUGUUCUUGGAACAGCUUAGAGCGAUUCUAUGAAAAAAUGUAAUAAAAAAAUUAAAAAAAAAAACAAAAAGAAAAAAAAGAAAAAAUAAUGCUUCAAUGCUUUUAAAACAGCAAGAUAAUAGUUCUUUGAUACUUCAAGAGGCGCUUUGAUUACCCUCAUUCAAGUCUAUGACACUUUCCUAUGGUUUUCUGUAUUAUAUGUCUGGAUGGAGCUGUUGAGAUGAACAAAUUGGUGGAUAUUUGGGGAAAGCAACAAAAAUAUUCAAACUCAUUAACCGUGAGGUGUGAGACAAUAGAGGGGAAAAAAGGGACUUACAAGGCAAGAUAAUUGUUGUGAAAAGUCUGUAAAUGCUUCUAACUCUUCCCCCUCUUAAAAUCAUAAUAGUUGUACAGAAUUUUAAAAAGGAAAAGUUUAAAAUAC